GCAUGACAGAAUACACAACGAUGCUUCUAUUUACAUUCUGCCGUGCAGGAAAAGGCGAUGGAAAGAGAUGACAUGAUUAGAUCGUUUUGAUACUUCCUUGCCGAAACACAAUGUGUGACGUCCCAUUUGUCUUUAGCUGACUGUGUACAGACGAUUCAGGAUGGGUAACUCCUCCUCUGGAAGAAAGGAUUCCUUUGAUGUCCAUGGAGAAGUGAAUUUUGACCAUUUUCAAAUUCUACGAGCUAUCGGAAAAGGAAGUUUUGGAAAGGUAUGCAUUGUGCAGAAGAAAGACAACAAGAAAAUGUAUGCCAUGAAAUACAUGAACAAGUCCAUGUGCGUCAGAAAAGAUGCCGUCCGCAAUGUGUUCCGGGAGGUGGAGAUUCUGUCAGCCCUGGACCACCCCUUCCUCGUCAACCUCUGGUACACGUUCCAAGAUGAAGAGGACAUGUUUAUGGUCGUUGACCUACUUUUGGGAGGGGAUCUAAGGUUUCACAUUCAGCAGGAGGUUCAGUUUGACGAGAGUCACAUCAAACUCUAUGUGUGCGAGAUUGCCUUGGCACUGGACUAUCUAAGGAAGAAGUAUAUUAUUCACAGAGACAUAAAGCCAGACAAUAUUUUAUUGGAUGAAGAAGGCCAUGUACAUAUAACAGACUUCAAUAUUGCGACAAUGAUAACAGACAACCAGCUAGCAACUUCCAUGUCGGGGACCACUCCAUACAUGGCACCAGAAAUCUUUGCCUGUGCUCUGGAUGAGUGUCCUGGUUACAGCUUCGCAGUUGACUGGUGGUCGUUAGGGGUGUGUGCCUAUGAGAUGUUGAGGGGAAGGAGGCCGUAUGAUAUACACAACAGUACCUCAGUCCUAGAGGCCAAACAAAUGUUCACCACUCUCAAAGUGCAUUACUCCUCCAGCUGGCAUAGUGGUUGUAAAGACCUUAUCAAACAGCUCUUGUACCUGGAUCCAGAGAAGAGAAUCUCAACAAUAGAGGCCUUGCAGAACCAUAGCUUUAUAAGUGAUGUGGACUUUGACCAGGUUCUGCAUAGAAAAAUCAAACCCCCCUUUGUGCCUUCCAAAGACCACCUUAACUGUGACCCCACCUAUGAACUCGAAGAAAUGAUCAUCGAAUCAAAACCACUCCACAAGAAGAAGAAAAGACUUGCCAAACAGAAUUCCAAGAGAGAGCUCUCACAUCAGUCCUCAGUGGAAGGAGAUCCAUCACAAGACAUGGAGGAGAACAUUUUUAAAUAUUUUCGAAUCUUCAACAGAGAGAGAGAAUUACUUCCCCCAACCAAGGAACAGGAGGAAGCCCACCAGGAUAAAGUCAAUGAAUGUUACGACGAAUCUCAGGACGAACUGGAAGCUUCAGAUAAUAAAGACACCAAGCAGAAAAUCACCAAACAAGUGACUUUUGACUCCAGUGAACUGACAAGCAAGAAACCUAUAGCCAGUAUAGGUGCUAGUACUUCAUUCAGCUGAUAUUAGACACAAACUGUCUGUGAUUUACUCCUAGAUUUGUUGUCGUUUUGUAAAAUCCCGACCCCCCUUCCACACCCCUUCCUGUUUCAGGGAAAGAAAUUUGGAUGGGAUGGGGUGGGGGUUAAGGCAUGAGUGAUGACUAUUUUGAAUUGGAUGAUUUAAAAAGUUUGUGGGUUUUUUUCAUUCUUAGCAAACAGUUUUAUUGUAAUUAUGAAGCAUCAAUUACAAACUCAGUUUUUUUUUUUAUCAUCUUCCUUACAACAAUGUUCUUUCAUGUAUUGCUUGGAAAGGCAUCCAUUAACAAAAAAAUGUAUAUUAAGCUCUUCUGAGAAUAGAUGUAGUUUAAUUUUUUUUUACCAAUAUUCUUGAGUGGUCCUUGAUGAAACAAAAACACAACCUCCAACAGAGUAAUAGACAAUGUAAAAGUAUGUCCCAUUAAGUGUUUAACCAUUUAAGUUUAACACAACAUCUCACCUUUAAUGGUAUUUAUCCUGCAACUACCCCUUGCAUUGACCUAAUAAAGGUAACCUAAUAAAUCAAAGCUUUAUCCGGUCACUACCCCAAUAAAUCCUUGUGCAUGUAUUCCGACGUUCUAAAAGCAUUGUAACGUCAUGUACAUGUAUGUUGCAAUGUUUACGCCAUGGCGUCAUAGUUUCAACUGCAGUUAUGUGCCUAAAUCCGUUGAAAAUAGCUUGUUUUGGACAGUCAGAUGUAAAAGUUUUGUUGCAGGAUAGACAAAAUGUAUGAUAACUGUCUUGAAAUACCUUGAAAUAUAAGGGAUAUUUGGGCUUGGGUCGAAAACGUAAGAGGGUUCGGCAAGCCUCGCCCUCUAUCAUGAUUUUUUACUCUCGCCCAAAUAUUGCUUAUAUUUCAAGAAGUAACCAUGUAUUUUAUAUAUAUGACUCUGCUGUGUUCAUAAUUAUGUUAUGAAAAUUAACCCUGUGUUAAAACUUUUACUGUAAUUAGGAAAAGGACCAAAAGCAAAAGGUGCAAGAGUGAUUUUGUUUUGUUUGCAAUUGUGUCUAUUUUUUUAGCUAAAUAAUUUUAGGAUAGCUAGUGUGUUAAAUAUUAUUCCUUGUUUUAAAUUGUAUAUUUUGUUGAUUUUUUGUGUAUAAGAGUAUUUAUUGGUACAGGGCAUGUGUAAUAAUUCAUAAUAAUUUUUUUAAAGUUUAAUUGCUGAAUUUUUAUGGCAAUUAUUAAGAUUCUUUAAAUUUAAUCUAGUCAGUGCUUGCAAUGAAGUAUUGAAUUUUCCAUUUUACAUGAAUUUUCCAAUUAACAUGACUUUUUUUAUACAUUCACGUAUUUAAAUUUAUAGUCAGUUACAUGUACAUGUAUAUGUUAAGGUUAAGAAAGAUAAUGUGUUCAAUCAUUAAAAAUCAAGGCACCUUAAUACAUGUAUGAUUUUGUGAAUAUAAGUCACUAUUGAAAUCACUUUUUUAUAUAGAGCCUUGAAGUUUUGCUUUUUUUCUCAAUCAGUGACAAAUAGCAAUCAAUCAGCAGGUUUGAACAUUAUUUUUGUUUGUGAAAUCCAAGCAGUAGUAAGAUAAGUUAAAUUACAUGUUUUUGAUACAUGUAUCAUGGUUAUAGAAUGACCCAGUUCAUAUUUUUUGUGACAAUCUGAUGUCAUGAUGUCUAAAUACUUGUGUUCAGUAUAAUUGCAACAGUUACUAUAUGUAGUGAUGUACAAAACCAUCCUUGCAAGCCAGUGGUCCUGUGUCAACACAUUGCCGUUACACCCCAGGCAUAUUUCAUUAAAUUUCCCGGGCUUGCUUCUCUCAUUGAGAAGCACCAAUCAAAUUAAAGCUUUUAAAAAUAGUCAGAUAAGGAUUCAGCUGCACCUCAAAUGCACUUGUUACGAAUUGUUUUCACACAAUGGCUUAAUGUGAUUGGUUGAGAGAUAAGGAAAAUGAUCAAGUUUUGCAAUUUUUCCGAAAGACGUCGCUACAUUCAACCCACGGAUAUUGAAUGAAGUUUGACAAGGGUCCAUAAUGGCAAUGUGUUGACUCGAAACCCCUGGCUUGCGAGGAUGGUACAAAGCUUUAGUUUUUAUUUUUAACUUUUUUUUAUUUACAGAUUUUUGUACCUUUAAAAUCCUGUUACAGAUCUAAGAGUGGUUUGGUUAGCAGCUCUUACAAAUUUUUCUGCCCCCCCCCCCCCCCCUUUGAAGAAGGGAGGGCAUAUUGCUUUGCUGCUUUCUGUCGGUCGGUUCAUUUAGUUUCUGUUCAUUUUCUUCACAACCGUUGCACAUACUGAAAUGAAAUUUGGUAUACAGGUAUAUCAGAUGAAUAUCUAGGUCAAGUUCUGUUUUAGGUACAAUUGCACCAUUUUUAGCUCUACUGGUCAGAGACCAGAAGAGCUUAUGCGAUAGUAAUGCGUCCGGCGUCCGUCCGUCUGUCUGUCUGUCCGUCUGUCUGUAAACAAUAUUUCAAAACGCUACUCCUCCUACAAUUUUAGUCUGAUUUCAAUAUUACUUGGCACACAAGUAGACUACACUAAGAUACAUAGAAUAGGGCAUCGAUUUUUGAUUUCGAUGAACGGUGUUGCCAUGGUUACUAAAAAUAGAAUUUUCUGUGAAAUUCCUUAAAAACGCUACUCCUUCUACAGUUUUGGUCUGAUUUCAAUAUAACUUGGCACACAAGUAGACUACACUAAGAUACAUAGAAUAAUGCAUCGGUUUUUGAUUUCGAUGAACGGUGUUGCCAUAGUUACUAAAAAUAGAAUUUUCUGUGAAAUUCCUUUAAAACGCUACUCCUUCUACAGUUUUGGUCUGAUUUCAAUAUAACUUGGCACACAAGUAAACUACACUAAGAUACAUAGAAUAGUGC